AUGUCGUCGGACUCGCGCGCUGUAGAGACGGCGUUGGCGCGCAACUUGCUGUCGUCGGUGCUCGCUUUAGCUUUCCCCAGUGAAUUGGAGAACGAUCACGCUGCGCUGGAGUCUUUUUUGACCCAACAAGCAGCUCUGCGCGAGGCUUUGGAGCGCCACAAUGUGUUCGGACUGGUUACAGACGGGAAGGCGCUGACUAAAUGGCAAACCAGGCUGCUACAGCUCGUCGAGGGAUCUUCAGCCGCUCGACGUGUUGGGUGGGAACUUCUGCAGACGACGGUACGUCAGAGUCCGUUGGAACGACUCGAAGCACUGGCUGUGAAGCUGCUGGAACGCAUUGUGAAGGUCUUGAAGCAGCAGCAGUCGAGUAAGACUCAGGACGACGAUGCGGAGUACGCUACAGCUGCUGCCUGUGGCGUGGCUCAAGCCCUUUUGCUCCAUGUGGACAAGUUCAACCCAGACACGCGUCGGGAGGUGCUGGAGCUACUUGGAAAGCUGCUGCAACCACUAGUGGCACUGCUGCGGCAGACCAGCAACUCCCCGUUGGUCAUUGCCCAAUUGGAUCUCGUUGCAACGCUGCUUCGCUCCUCUCCUAACUCACUAAGGAGCUAUGCUAUUAAGAUCGAGUCGGCGUGUGUGGACUUGUUGUUCACUUGUGAAAGAGACAACACUGAGGCGGCUCAGAAGGCGACGGUGUGUCUAGCACUACUCUGCAACGCAUCAGAUAAGCCACAGCAAGUGUGGACUCAGAUGGCUCAGAAGGCCUUGGAGGCGGCACAUCAACAGCUCGACUUACUGGCAGGCACACGCUCCACCGCUCCAUCAACUGAGGGACUCACAGGCAAGAAGCUGUGGGUCCAGGGAGCUGCAAGCCAGCAACUGCCGAUCUACCAACGUGCCGAAGAGACGCUGACCAGAAUGAACCGUGCGUUAAGUGCUCUUCACGAACUGCUAAGUGCUCGCACGGCUACUCUAAGUCGUGGGCAGAUAUCGGAGUGUGAAGUGCAGCAGAUUCUACCGGAAAUUAUCGUGUUUGCUCGUCGUGCGAUGGGCGUGCGUGCUCAUGAAGUGGGCAAGCACACGGGAGUGUCAGAUGAUGGUGUGCGUCUCCCCGUUAGCGUCGUGUACGCCGUGUUACCGCGUGUGCACGCGCAGGCUCUGACAGCGCUAAGCGCGGUGGUGGAACGUGCCGGUAUCUGCGCUUUGCGUCAUGCUAGCAAGAUCACGCGCGUUCUAUUGCUUGCGUCUGAGAGUGUUGGUGACGGGGAAGAUCUUCAGGCAUUUGCGGAUACUACAGCGGUGUGCGCUCGUCGUCUGGGCGCCAGUACAGUCGAGAAACUUGGUGUACCGUUGCUGAACGAGUUGGUCACACGGUGUAAGCGUAGUCUGGAGGAAAAGAGCAAUACGAACACGUCAAACACUGUGGCUAAAGCACUGGCAGCUCAGCAGAACGACUCGAAGAAUAGUGGGAACAAGAGCAAGAAACGGAAGCGUCAAGCUGCUGCUGCCGCGACGCUCGCGGCUCUCAACGGAGGCAACGCGACUGCAUCUCAAUCGAGUUUUGUGUCAUUACGUGACGAGACUGUCGUUGCAGGGACGCUUGAAGCUGUGCUGACUGCUAUCGCUGGCUGCGUAGGCGUCUAUGGAUGUUUGUUGCCAGAGGAAUGUCGCUCUUCGGCCAGUGAGUUGGCGCUCAAGGCUGUUCAGCGUCGACAUGUCGUGGGAUCGAGCCACGUUCAAGCUGCUGUCGACCCGGUGGCGCUCGUUCUUGUGUCGGACGCGGUGACUGCGGACUUCUCGGGCUCGCACGCUGCUAACUUGCUUCAUGGACUGCAGUACUGGCAGCGUCGCGUCAUUGGUAGCGGUGGCGCUUCCUCAGCUCUCCAGCUGGUAGCUCUUAACGCAGGUGAAGCCAUGCUACAUCCACGUGCACCCCCGAUGGCUAUUAGCUUUCAACAGGGAGCUAAGAAGGAGCAAGAGAGACGUCGCUUUGGAACGUACGCGAAGACUUCGAAGGAGGAAACUGUUCUUGGUGACGCGAUGGACUGGGAUGAAAACGAGAAAGAUGAGAGUGAAGACGGAGAAGAGAAGAUUGAACAGGAGAAAGACAAGGAACCGACGAAGAUUGAGGCACCUACAGAAGAGAACGAUGAAGAGGAGGAGGAAGAAGAGGACUACGACGAUGCUCGGCCUCAGGCUGCUGCAACGUCGACGGAAAUCGAAGAAGAUGAAGCUGAAAAUGAGAACGAUGACGACGACGAAGACGAAGGGAACGAUGAACCAGUCGCGAAACGUGCCAAGGACAAUGACAAAGAGCCUGUCGCUACGGUCGAGGCUGACGAUGACGAUGACGACUUCCCGGACAUCGUUGUGGAUGAUGAAUAG